AUGCCCUCCUACAAGAGACUCGACAAGAACAACUGUGCCUUUCUCUUCAUCGAUCACCAAGCCGGUCUCAUCCAACUCGUCCGCGAUUUCGGCGCCGACGAGUUCCGCAAUAAUGUCCUCGCCCUGAUCGACACGGCUAAGUUUUUCAAAGCCCCUUGUGUGGUGACUUCUUCAUUUGAAACUGGUCCAAAUGGUCCUAUUGUGAAGGAGAUUACGGAUAACCUCCCAAAUGCUACGGUGAUCCGACGACCGGGUCAGAUUAAUGCGAUGGACAGUGAGGAGUUUGCUCAGGCUGUCAAGGCAACAGGAAAAAAGCAGGUUGUCAUCAGCGGCGUUCUAACCGAAGUCUGCGCAACGUUCCCUGCCCUCAGUCUUGUCGAUCACGGAUACGAGGUUUUUGUUGUCACAGAUGCCUCCGGGACUUUUGCAGAACACACCCGCGAGGCAGCUCAUAAGCGGCUAAUGCAGCAUGGCGUUCAACUGGUCAACUGGGCAUCGGUCUCUUCUGAACUGCAAAGAGAUUGGCGAGAGGAUGUGGCUGGAUUUGCAGCUCUUUGGAGGGAUCGGGUUCCGGGAUAUUGGUGCUUGAUGCAGAGUUAUGAGUAUGCAAAUAAGGGUGUGUCCAAUUGA